AUGCCUUCUGUAUUAGGAAAAAGAACCCGCAGCACAAGAGCAAUAGCAGAGUUCAAAGUACCAUCAACGCGCGCAAAGCGACAAGCAAAAACAGAAAUCUACAAUGAUGAGAAUGAAAAUCCUUUCAUUACUCGCAAGAGGCGCGAUGAGGUCGACGAUUCCGAUGACGAUUGUAUGGACAUUGACGAACUGUCGGAAUCUAUACCUGUCAAGUCCUCGCCUUCGAAGCAUGGAUUGGCAAGCAGAAAGAUCGCAUUGCCGAAAAAGACAUUAAUAGAAGAAGCGUCCAAAACAGUUCAAGUCCCUACUCCUCAAACACCUCGACAUCGCGAUGCGCUAUCCAAAAAAGUACAAAUAACCCCUCGGCAUCGUGUUACUGUUACUGGAAAGCCAAUGACUCCUAGAACUCCAAGGACUCCUGUAACACCCGGUGGAUCAAUUGCGACUGUAUAUACUCAAGCUCGACAGAUCUUCACGCGGAGCUCAGAACCUGGACGGCUUGUUGGAAGAGAGACCGAAAAGGGCGAAUUGAAAACCUUUGUACAAAAUUGUGUCGACAAAACAAGUGGAGGAUGUAUAUAUGUUAGCGGUCCUCCUGGAACUGGAAAAAGUGCUAUGAUCAACGAAGUCACGACGGAAUAUGAAGAAUCGACCACAUUACACAAGACAUAUGUCAAUUGUAUGAGCAUGAAAACCUCGAAGGAUUUGUAUGGUAUACUGCUGGAGUCUUAUUGCGGCGAGGAAGUGGUUUUGGAUGGCGACGAAGAGAAGACUUUGCAGGAUAUGUUUAUUUCGAGGAAAAAGACCAAGGACGUCUACCUUAUUACACUGGAUGAAAUCGAUCACAUCCUCACCCUGGACCUGGAGAUAUUAUACAAGCUAUUUGAAUGGUCUUUACAGAAGUCAUCGCGCCUGAUACUUAUCGGAAUUGCAAAUGCAUUGGAUCUUACAGAUCGUUUCCUACCAAGACUAAAGGCCCGGAAUCUACAACCACAACUACUACCAUUCCUUCCAUAUACCGCGUUGCAGAUCAAGACUGUCAUCAUGACACGUCUCAAGUCACUUGUUCCCACGGAUAGUGCGACUCCAAAUUUCGUACCAUUCCUCCAUCCAGCAGCCAUUGAACUUUGCUCCCGCAAAGUAGCAAGUCAAACAGGAGAUUUACGCAAAGCCUUUGACAUUUGUCGAAGAGCAAUCGAUUUAAUCGAGACCGAAACCAAGCAAAAGCACGAACAGGAACUCAAAGACAAAAUUCUCCUCGAUAGCCCUUCCAAACGAAUCCUAGAGGACAACAUCAAUCUCUCCUCCAUUACAAACACCCCCAGCAAAAAUCUAUUCCGUCCACGAACCCUAGCACAAUCCCUCGCAACCCUCACUGUCGAAACUGCCCCCCGCGCCAGUAUUCAACACGUGAACAAGAUUACCGCAUCUACCUUUGGAAAUGGCUCGACCCAACGUCUCAAAACCCUUAACCUCCAACAAAAAGCCGCUCUUUGCGCUCUCCUAGCCCUCGAAUCGCGCAAUCGUUCCCAAUCCUCCAAUCUCCUCGCUACCCCAUCGAAAUCCCAUAACCUAGCUCCAACCAUCAAACAACUAUAUAACACAUACAACAUGCUCUGUACUCGAGAUGCAAUCUUGCAUCCUUUAACCAGCACGGAAUUCAGAGAUGUGGUAGGAAGUCUCGAGACGCUAUCAUUAGUUGCGGCGGUGGAUGGAAAAAAUGGCUCGUUUGUGUUGAAUGGGGGAGUCAGGGCACGAGGGAGACCCGGGCGCUUCGGAUCCGGUGUGGGGGUGGGAGAUGAGAAGAGAGUGGCUAGUUGUGUUGGGGAGAAAGAGGUUGCGGCUGCGGUGGAGGGGCUGGGAGCGGGGAUUUUGAAGAGCAUUUUGAAUGGUGAGGGAUUGGAUUAG